UCUGAUAAUGAAUAAUUUUGCAGGGAUUGGGGCAGUCAUUUUGAACAUGAAAUCCAUUGCCUUUCUCCAGUGCAUGAGAAUGUCAGUGAUGAGGAUGUGCCUAAUUCUAGUAUUAUGGGAGGCAGUGCUGGGAAUGAUAGUGGUGGGACCUUAAAAAUUGAUGACUUUGAAGUCCGUAUGGAUCUUACCAAUGACUUAUUGCAUAUGGUUUUCACUUUCUUGGGUGACAUUGACCUUUGCCGAGCAGCAAGAGUUUGUAGGCAGUGGAGAGAAGCAAGUUCUCAUGAAGAUUUCUGGCGGUAUUUAAAUUUUGAGAAUCGAUAUAUCUCACCACAACAAUUUGAUGACAUGUGUCGUCGGUAUCCCAAUGCCACCGGAGUGAAUGUUUAUGGUACUCCCGCUAUCAAUUCACUUGCGAUGAAGGCAGUCUCUUCAUUGAGAAAUCUUGAGGUUUUGACCCUGGGCAAAGGUCAGUUAGGGGAGAGCUUUUUCCUAAUGGUAACAGAUUGCCAUGCAUUGAAGAGUUUGACUGUCAAUGAUGCCACUUUGGGUAAUGGAAUCCAGGAGAUACCAAUUUUUCACGAUAGAUUGCACGAUCUUCAGAUAGUGAAGUGCCGCGUGCUUCGUGUUUCUAUCAGGUGCCCCCUGCUUGAAACCUUGUCUCUGAAGCGCAGCAGUAUGCCACAUGCUGUUCUCAAUUGUCCGCUUCUGCGUGACCUUGAUAUAGCUUCUUGUCACAAGCUUUCAGAUGCUGCUAUUCGAUCAGCAGCAAUGUCAUGCCCGCUCUUGGAAUCCCUGGAUAUGUCAAACUGUUCUUCUGUUAGUGACGAGACAGUACGCGAAAUAGCUAGAGUCUGUGUAAAUCUCACCGUCCUUGAUGCUUCAUAUUGCUCAAACAUCUCUCUUGAGUCUGUGAGACUUCCAAUGUUGACAGUCCUUAAGCUUCACAGCUGUGAGGGUAUAACAUCAGCGUCAAUGGUUGCCAUAGCUCAUAGUCACUCAUUAAAGAUUCUUGAGCUCGAUAAUUGCAGCUUAUUGACAUCGGUAUCAUUGGACCUGGCCCACCUGGAGAACAUAAGGCUUGUGCACUGUCGCAAAUUUGUUGAUUUAAAUCUAAGAAGCAGCGUGCUGUCAUCGAUUACAGUUUCAAAUUGUCCUUCUCUCCAAAGAAUCAAUAUCAUCUCCAAUGCCCUUAAAAAAUUAGUUUUGCAGAAGCAAGAAAGCUUGACCUGGUUGGCAUUACAAUGCCCGUUCUUGCAAGAAGUAGACCUUACUGAAUGUGAAUCGUUGACAAACUCUAUCUGCAAAGUUUUCAGUGAUGGAGGUGGCUGCCCUGUAUUGAGAUCAUUAGUCCUUGAUAGUUGUGAGAGUUUGACAGCUGUGAGUUUCUGCAGUACUUCAUUAGUUAACCUUUCGCUUGGCGGUUGCCGUGCAAUCACAUCUGUUGAACUCAGAUGCCCUCAUCUCGAGCUUGUUUCAUUAGAUGGUUGUGAUCAUCUUGAAAGAGCAUCUUUUUAUCCUGUUGGUCUUAAGUCCCUGAAUUUGGGCAUCUGUCCCAAAUUAAAUGUACUGCAUAUUGAAGCACCACAAAUGGUUUCACUUGAACUCAAGGGGUGUGGCAUAUUGUCUGACGCAUCCAUUAAUUGCCCACUUCUGACAUCUUUGGAUGCAUCCUUCUGCAGCCAACUCAAGGAUGACUGCUUAUCUGCAACUACGUUGUCAUGCCCCCUUAUUGAGUCAUUAGUAUUAAUGUCAUGCCCUUCUAUUUGCCCCAUUGGACUCCUAUCUUUGCGCUGCCUUCCAAAUUUGACUUACCUUGAUUUAUCCUACACCUUUUUGGUUAACCUGCAGCCUGUGUUUGACUCCUGUUUGUAUUUGAAGGUUCUAAAACUGCAAGCGUGCAAGUAUCUUGCUGACUCGUCUUUGGAGCCUCUUUACAAAGAUGGUGCUCUCCCAGCCCUAUGUGAACUGGACUUGUCCUAUGGGACGCUCUGCCAGUCAGCGAUAGAGAAGUUGCUCACGUGCUGUACACAUUUAACACAUGUUAGCUUGAAUGGUUGUGUCAACAUGCAUGACUUGAACUGGGGCUUUCAUGGUGAUAUGCCAUCUGAGAUGCACACACAUUAUGGAUCAUUUGCCUCUUCUGUUGGUGAUGUCUUCCUUCCUACAGAACAAUCUGAUCGUUUACUACAGAACCUCAACUGUGUUGGUUGUCCGAAUAUCAAGAAGGUCGUUAUUCCUCCUAUGGCAAGAUGUGUCCAUUUAUCAUCACUAAACCUUUCACUGUCUACAAAUUUGAAGGAGGUUGGUGUAUCUUGUUGCAAUUUAUGCUUUCUUAACUUGAGCAAUUCUUAUUCUUUGGAAAUUUUGAAGCUUGACUGUCCAAGAUUGACCAGCCUCUUUCUUCAGUCCUGUAAUAUAGACGAGGAAGCGGUUGAAGCAGCCAUAUCACAGUGUACCAUGCUGGAGACACUUGACGUUCGCUUUUGCCCAAAGAUAUCUCCAUUGAGCAUGGGAAGGUUACGUGCUGCAUGCCCCAGUUUGAAACGAAUCUUCAGUAGCCUAGCACAAACUUAAAACCGUUGAAUGAGCACUUGGCAUUUUUCUAGCAUGGUACUUAUUUAUGUCGUCAUGAAUUUUCUUCUUUCUGCAGUGGUGUGUUCAUAUCUAAGUAAUAGGUCCCUCUUCUGAUAUAAGAGAUGCAAUGAAUCACAAUUCACUA